UAGCAUAUACAGAACAACAUUUGGUGCUCGGUUUGAUCGGUGCUUUGUGAAACAGUUCAGGCCUGCGUCCUCAGGGCUACCACGAGUGAAUGGAACCGAAGCAGAAAUGGGGGUCGUGUUCAAUCGGACUACUCCCACUGCAGAUCUGCCACAGAAUACUGUCGUUGUUCAAACCUUAGUAGAAGCGGUUAAUGCUUCCACCAAUAUGUUCAACUUGACCAUAAAUCCAAAUACAGUUGAAGUAUUAACAAGUCCAGUUGUAAAUGCAACUACAACUGCCAACUCUACAACUGCUGCACCUACAACCUCCAAUCCUUCAACUGUUGCACCUACAACCUCCAAUCCUUCAACUGCUGCACCUACAACCUCCAAUCCUUCAACUGAUGCACCUACAACCUCCAAUCCUUCAACUGCUGCACCUACAACUGCUGCACUCACAACAAGGCGGGUGACUUUCAGGUCUCUUCUAAACACGUUUACGAGUGACUUGCUGGAUACAUCAUCUGCUGCUUUUACAAACCGAGCCUCCAUGAUAAAGGGACAGCUUGAACCUUUGUACCAAAGGGAAUUCCCCUCUUCCUUCAAUUCUUUGGACGUGGUGGCAUUCAGAAAUGGAUCAAUCAUUAACGAAGUGAUUCUUCGCUUCAGAAGCACAUCUGUUCCUAAUAACACUCAGAUUGCGAGUGUUUUGAUCAGUGCAGCUUCAACUGUCACUGGCUUCGACAUCGAAGGCAGCUCCAUCACCGUGGAUGGCAUAUCUUCAAGUGGAGUAAGCCACAAGAUCAGUCUAAUCACUGCAUCCUGCCUGGUGCUGUUUUCAUGGCUACUGUCAAGCCAGCAAUAACUGAUUUCCCUUUGAAGUGCCAUUAGAACAUGACUGCCAUCUCUGGUAUAAAAAAGGACUUCAGCUUUGCACUGAUCAGACAAAUUAAGGACUGUGGAUUAGACAUGUCUGUCGAACUGAACACAUUUCUGUGUGGGAAGGUCCGGGAUCCUGGACAGGAUGACACAGCCAACUCUAAAUUUCUGGUCCAUUGAAUCAUCACUGGAAUUAUAAGCUCAACAAUAUAAGGACACUAUCAAUUAAACACUGGGAUGUCAGGCAAUAUUUUCACUGUUGCACUAUCAAUGUACAAGUGUAUCUUGCUGCACUGAGCACUGUGCUAUAGCAAUAUUUAACUUAGUGACAAUUACUAAUGCUGUCUUAUGUAAACCUUACUGUGGUCUUAAAAUGCAUGUAUGAUUAAUGUUUAGGUUUGUGUCUUAAAUUAAAUGAAGGAACACAUGCAGGACCAUGGUGUACAUGAUAUAUAUGUCAAAACUCUCAUCUUAUUUAAAUAAAAAAUGUAUUUAUGUAAUCAUGCAGAACUGUAUUCUGUGACAAUUCUUGUAGUUUUUACAAUUUCUGUCAGAAACUUUACAAUGAUCAGAAUACAAAAUCUUUGAAGGAUUUCAAUUGUCUGUAGUGUUAUGUUUUGCAAUG